AUGACGGAGUCCACAUGUUCAACGAAGAAAGCUGACCAGAAAGCUGAUGAUAAAUCUGUUGGUCUGAAGAAAGAAUUGGGUUUGUUGGAUGGCAUUGGUGUCAUUGUUGGAGUUAUUAUAGGAUCUGGUAUUUUCGUCUCACCAAAAGGUGUGCUAAUACAUUCAGGAUCGAUAUUGAUGUGCCUUGCUGUAUGGGCGUUAAGCGGAGUGCUGUCAACAUUUGGUGCAUGUUGUUAUGCAGAAUUAGGUACUGCGAUUCCCAAGUCAGGAGGUGAAUUUGCGUAUCUCAACGCAAGUUUUGGACCUUUACUAGCAUUUUUGUAUUUAUGGGUCGCCUUGUUGAUUAUCAUGCCAACGGGAAAUGCAAUAAUUGCAUUGACAUUUGCAGAAUACAUUUUACAGCCUUAUUAUGGACAUUGCUCAACUCCGCAGCUUGCUGUUAAGCUACUUGCUGCACUAGUUAUUUCAAAUUGUUAUCUGCUCGACUCCUUUUUUAUGGAAGAAGAUAAUACAUAUGAGUGUCUCACUACCACAGGAUUGCAUUGUUCUGCCGCUAUCCAUUGA